ACAGUAACAGUGUCAGUGCUGGAGGUGAAGAUGGGACACACUUUGCUCUGCAUGCUGGGGCUUUUCUCUCUUAAUAUACUCCUCUACUGUGGACACGCUCAAGAUGCUGUGCUGACCAUUGAGCCUAACUGGUCCACUUUAUUUACCGGAGAGUCUGUUACCUUCAUAUGUGACAUGAGGGACAGAAAAGACACCGAUUGGUAUUACACAACCAAGAGGGAUGGUCGUGAAUUUUUUAUCAGAUACAGCUUUAAUAAGAGACAUACAUCACAACCUCUAGAUACAGGCUACAGUGGUGAAUACCAGUGCUUUGGUAAUCUCAAGAAUCAACCAGAUGUUAAAAGAGAAAGUAAUAAAGUCUCUCUAACUGUAUCAGACAAAGAUGUGAUCCUACAAACUCCUGCAUCCACCUUGUUCGAAGGAGAAUCAGUGACUCUUCGCUGUCGGCAUCGUGAUCUGACAACUAGGAAGAAUGCUGCCUUCUACAAAGACGGAUCGCCUAUUGAAAUUGACCCAAACCAUCAGUCACCGAUUAUAUCAAAAAACACAGUUCAACUAAUGUCAGAUGGGAGUUCUUACACGUGUAAAUUUGAUGAGGACGAAGAAUCGGAUCCAAUAAAACUGAAACCAAAACCAAAGGCCCAACUGAGCGCUGACAGGAGAGACAUUCCAGCAGGGGGCAAUGUGACCUUGACCUGUUCUGUGAUACCGUCAUCAUCUGGUUGGAAAUACUUCUGGUACAGAGGCAACAAAACCUCUGAACCCCUGACCACACAAGAUGAUGAUCUCCUCUCAAAUGGACAAAUCCGUGUCCCACAAAGAGGACUCUACUGGUGCAGAGGAGGAAGAGGAGAUCCUGUUUACUACACAGAGUACAGUGAUCCAGUCGUCACUAACAGGGCUGUUGUGACCCCGCAACCCAACUGGCCUGAGAUAUACUCUGGAGAGACGAUCACUCUCACAUGUGUAAUUGAGGAUGGAGGAGACGCUGAGUGGGAGUAUGCAUGGGCAACAUCCAACUCAUACACACCUCAAAAUCCAAGUGAACACAAGAUUAGACCAUCACACAGUGGAGACUACAGCUGUAAGGGCACAAUGAAAAGUGAAAAGUCUUCAACAGAGUGGAGUAAUCCUUUCACAUUGAGAGUAUCUUCCAGUAAACCUCAGCCUGUCCUCACCGUGUCUCCAUUAUGGCUGAGUCCUGGAGACUCAGUAACUCUGAACUGCAAUGUUACAGAUCCAUCUGCAGGAUGGAGGUUCUACUGGUAUAAGGCUGUUCACAAACCAAGAGACAACUCCUACAGUUAUGAGCUGCUACCUGGCAGCACCAAUGGGACUGAACAGGAUUCCUACAUCGUUCAUGGACAGACACACACAGCAGGAUAUGUGUGCAGAGCUGGAAGAGGAGAUCCAGUGUUUCACUCUGACUACAGUGAACCUACGUUUGUCUGGUCUGGAGAUUUUCAUUCAGCAGCAUCUCUCACAGUGAGUCCUGACAGAGCGCAGCACUUUGACAACGAGUCAGUGUCCCUGAGCUGUGAGGGAAACUCCACCAAGUGGAGAGUGAUAAGGUUAUCUGAAUCUGGCUCCCUGGUUCCCUGUACUAUCUUGGGGACAAUGACUGGAUCCACAUGCACCAUAAACCGUUCCUGGAAUAGUGGAGUGUACUGGUGUGAGUCUGAAACAGGACAGUUCAGCAAUGCAGUCAACAUCACUAUAAAGUAUGGAGAUAUUAUCCUGGUGAGCCCUGUCCAUCCUGUAGCUGAGGGACAUCCUGUCACUCUUGGCUGCAAGCUGAAGACAGAAAAGGUUCUUCAUGAUGUGGAUUUCUAUAAAAAUGACAAACUCAUCAAAAAACAUACCAAUGGGGAGCUGAUUAUCUCUGCAGUCUCAAAGUCAGAUGAAGGCUUUUAUAGAUGUGAAGGAAAAGAGUCACCAGAAGAUCGGUGGAGUUGGACAUCAAAAGAGAGUUGGAUGUCAGUUAAAUAUGCUGUGCUGACCAUUGAGCCAAUCUGGUCCACUUUCUUUACCGGAGAGUCUGUUACCUUCAUAUGUGACAUGAGGGACAGAAAAGACACCGAUUGGUCGUACACAUUCAUGAAGGACGGUCAUGGAUUUCUCCGCAACAACUUGGAUAAGAGAUAUACAUUACAAUCUGUAGAUACAAGAGACAGUGGUGAAUACCAGUGCUUUGGUUCUCUCAAGGGUCCAACACCUUUUAGAAAAGAAAGUACUAAAGUCUCUCUAACUGUAUCAGGCAAAGAUGUGAUCCUAGAAACUCCUGCAUCCACCUUGUUUGAAGGAGAAUCAGUGACUCUUCGCUGUCGGCAUCGUGAUCAGACAAAGGAGAAGAAUGCUGCCUUCUACAAAGACGGAUCGCCUAUUGAAAUUGACACAAACCAUCAGUCACCGAUUAUAUCAAAAAACACAGUUCAACUAAUGUCAGAUGGGAGUUCUUACACGUGUAAAUUUGAUGAGGACGAAGAAUCGGAUCCAAUAACACUGAGAAUGGAACAAAAACCAAAGGCCCAACUGAGCGCUGACAGGAGAGACAUUCCAGCAGGGGGCAAUGUGAACUUGACCUGCUCUGUGAGACCGUCAUCAUCUGGUUGGAAAUACUUCUGGUACAGAGGCAACAAAAUCUCUGAACCCCUGACCACACAAGAUGAUGAUCUCCUCUCAAAUGGACAAAUCCGUGUCCCACAAGGAGGACUCUACUGGUGCAGAGGAGGAAGAGGAGAUCCUGUUUACUACACAGAGUACAGUGAUCCAGUCGUCACAAACAGGGCUGUUGUGAUCCCGCAACCCAACUGGGCUGAGAUAUACUCUGGAGAGACGAUCACUUUCACAUGUGAAAUUGAGGAUGGAGGAGACGCUGAGUGGGAGUAUGAAUGGUUAACACCCGACUCAUACAAACCUCAAAAUCCAAGUGAACACAUGAUUAGACCAUCACACAGUGGAGACUACAGGUGUAGGGGCACAAUGAAAAGUGAAAAGUCUUCAACAGAGUGGAGUAAAGGUUUCACAUUGAGAGUACCUUCCAAGAAACCUCAGCCUGUCCUCACUGUGUCUCCAUUAUGGCUGAGUCCUGGAGACUCAGUAACUCUGAACUGCAAUGUUACACAUCCAUCUGCAGGAUGGAGGUUCUACUGGUAUAACGCUGUUCCCAAACCAGUAGACAACACCUACAGCUAUGAGCUGCUACCUGGCAGCAUCAAUGGGACUGAACAGGAUUCCUACAUCGUUCAUGGACAGACACACACAGCAGGAUAUGUGUGCAGAGCUGGAAGAGGAGAUCCAGUGUUUCACUCUGACUACAGUAAACCUAAGUUUGUCUGGUCUGGAGAUUUUCAUUCAGCAGCGUCUCUCACAGUGAGUCCUGACAGAGCGCAGCACUUCGACAACGAGUUAGUGUCACUGAGCUGUGAGGGAAACUCCACCAAGUGGAGAGUGAUGAGGUUAUCUGAAUCUGGCUCUCUGGUAGACUGUACUAUCUUGGAGACAAUGACUGGAUCCACAUGCACCAUAAACCGUUACUGGCAGAGUGGAGUGUACUGGUGUGAGUCUGAAACAGGACAGUUCAGCAAUGCAGUCAACAUCACUAUACCGUACGAUAUUAUCCUGGUGAGCCCUGUCCAUCCUGUAGCUGAGGGACAUCCUGUCACUCUUGGUUGCAGGUUGAAGACAGAAAAGGUUCUUCAUGAUGUGGAUUUCUAUAAAAAUGAAAAACUCAUCAAAAAUCAUACCAAUGGGGAGCUGAUUAUCACUGCAGUCUCAAAGUCAGAUGAAGGCUUUUAUAGAUGUGAAGGUAAAGAGUCACCACCAGGUCGGCGGAGUUGGACGUCAAAAGAGAGUUGGAUGUCAGUUAAACAUUCUAAAGAUGUACCAGCGUCCGGGCCUGAAAAGAGCUCUCCAUUUCCUGUGCUGUUGAUUGUUGGACUGGUUUGUGGAGUUUUACUGAUUAUCCUCCUGCUGCUGUUUCUGUACCGCCACAGAAAGUCAAAAGAUUCAUGCUUUAAGAGGUCUCAGAGCACCAAUCAGGGUCCUGCUACAGACCACAUGAUCAACCAGGAUGAAACUCAAAGCAGAGUAUAUGCUUCUCUUCUCCAUGGUGAUUUGUGUCUCUAUGAAACAAUCCAAGGCGCUGAAGAACCUGGAAAUGGAGAGAAUAAUGAACCAGAGGAGAGCGUUUACUCAAAUGUGACGAUAGGAUCAGCUGCAGUAGAAGCAUUUCUCAGAGGCACAGUAACAGUGUCAGUGCUGGAGGUGAGGAUGGGACACACUUUGCUCUGCGUGCUGGGGCUUUUCUCUCUUAAUAUCCUCCUCCACUGUGGACACGCUCAAGAUGCUGUUCUGACCAUUGAGCCAAACUGGUCCACUUUAUUUACCGGAGAGUCUGUUACCUUCAUAUGUGACAUGAGGGACAGAAAAGACACCGAUUGGUAUUACACAAUCUGGGGCGGUCGUCUGAUAUUUCCCAGCUACAACCCACAUAAGAGAUAUACAUUACAACAUCUAUAUACAGGCUACAGUGGUGAAUACCAGUGCCGUGGUAAUCUCAAGAGUCAAACAGAUUUUAAAAGAGAAAGUGAUAAAGUCUCUCUAACUGUAUCAGAGAAACCUCAGCCUGUCCUCACUGUGUCUCCAUUAUGGCUGAGUCCUGGAGACUCAGUAACUCUGAACUGCAGUGUUAAACAUCCAUCUGCAGGAUGGAGGUUCUACUGGUAUAACGCUGUUCCCAAACCAGUAGACAACACCUACAGUUAUGAGCUGCUACCUGGCAGCACCAGUGGGACUGAACAGGAUUCCUACAUCGUUCAUGGACAGACACACACAGCAGGAUAUGUGUGCAGAGCUGGAAGAGGAGAUCCAGUGUUUCACUCUGAUUACAGUAAACCUAAGUUUGUCUGGUCUGGAGAUUUUCAUUCAGCAGCGUCUCUCACAGUGAGUCCUGACAGAGUGCAGCACUUCGACAACGAGUUAGUGUCACUGAGCUGUGAGGGAGACUCCACCAAGUGGAGAGUGAUGAGGUUAUCUGAAUCUGGCUCUCUGGUAGACUGUACUAUCUUGGAGACAAUGACUGGAUCCACAUGCACCAUAAACCGUUACUGGCAGAGUGGAGUGUACUGGUGUGAGUCUGAAACAGGACAGUUCAGCAAUGCAGUCAACAUCACUAUACAGUAUCUUUUUACAGACGAUAUUAUCCUGGUGAGCCCUGUCCAUCCUGUAGCUGAGGGACAUCCUGUCACUCUUGGCUGCAAGUUGAGGACAGAAAAGGUUCUUCAUGAUGUGGAUUUCUAUAAAAACGACAAACUCUUCAAAAAACAUACCAAUGGGGAGCUGAUUAUCUCUGCAGUCUCAAAGUCAGAUGAAGGCUUUUAUAGAUGUGAAGGAAAAGAGUCACCACCAGGUUCGCGGAAUUGGACGUCACAAGAGAGUUGGAUGUCAGUAAAAUAUGUACCAGCGUCCGGGCCUGAAAAGAGCUCUCCAUUUCCUGUGCUGUUGAUUGUUGGGCUGGUUUGUGGAGUUUUACUGAUUAUUCUCCUGCUGCUGUUUCUGUACCGCUACAGAAAGUCAAAAGAUUCAUGCUUUAAGAGGUCUCACAGCACCAAUCAGGGUCCUGCUACAGACCACAUGAUCAACCAGGAUGAAACCCAAAGCAGAGUAUAUGCUUCUCUUCUCCAUGGUGAUUUGUGUCUCUAUGAAACAAUCCAAGGCGCUGAAGAACCUGGAAAUGGGGAGAAUAAUGAACCAGAGGAGAGCGUUUACGAAAAUGUGACGACAAGAUCAGCUGCAGACAUCUGUAUGAACACAACCAAUGGAAAUAGAUGGCAACAUGAAAAACCACAUCCUUGUUUAAACACCAAUUUGCAGCUUUUGUGUAAUUAUUGUUUGCACUUCUGCUUUCCUAUAGGCCAGUAUUUUGUACAGUUAACCUAGUAGCUGAUCAUUUAAAGGAAGUGCAUCAUAUGGCUUUGAUAUUCUGUUGUCCUUGGUACAAGACUACAGAUUAUUACAUAUAAUAAUUAAAUGUAUUUAGUGUUUAUUUCCUGUAUUUCUUCGUCAGUACAGUAUAAUGUAAUUUUGUUUUUGAAUGCAGGCUGGUUCAAAAAUCAGCAAAAAGAACUUGUUUGAAAUAUUUGAGCUUCAGUACCUUGGUGAUAGUUCAGCUAUAAAAUCAGCAUCUCUUUCAUUUUUGAUGAAAAAGCUUUACACAUUUAUAACAUUUAAUCUGUUAUCAGACAACAUAUCAAGUUUCCGUCUGUCUUUUUUAAAAAUCGUUUGAUUGAUACUGUAUGUAUUUUAGUUUCACCUGGAUGAAUUUAGUAUGUUUUGUUAUGUUUGACCAUUUUAUGGAUCAAUAAACUUCCAGCACAAAGCUGUCAGCAGUGUUUCUAAUUGUCAUUUCUUUCUCUAAAAACAAAUUUUAGAUUAAAUCUAAAAACUUCAACAAUUGUAAAGAGAGAAAUACAAAAUAAAUUGACAAACUACUGAUGCUUUGUGCUCACUGCGACAUUUUUCCUUAAUCUUUACCAUUCAAACAAAGAAAAAUUCACAUGUACUCACAGAAUAACCUCAGCACACUGAGCAAAGUGCGUCCCGUCCAGCACUGACACUCCGACUCUGCUUCUGAGAAACUGUUUCAGCUGGCACGAACGUGAAACUUCUGCACAUG